AUGUCGGUGCAGGUGGUGGUCCCUGGAGACACGGGGCUGGGCCCAGAGCGCCUGAGCCCGGAGGAGCUGGUGCGGCAGACGCGGCAGGUGGUGCAGGGGCUGGAGGCGUUGCGGGCGGAGCACCGAGGCCUGGCUGGGCACCUGGCUGAGGCCCUGGCGGGACAGGGCCCGGCGGCCAGCUUGGAGCUGCUGGAGGAGAAGCACCAGGUGGUGAGCCACUCGCUGGAGGCCAUCGAGCUGGGGCUGGGCGAGGCGCAGGUGCUGCUGGCGCUGUCGGCCCACGUGGGCGCACUGGAGGCCGAGAAGCAGCGGCUGCGGGCGCAGGCCCGGCGGCUGGCCCAGGAGAAUGUGUGGCUGAGGGAGGAGCUGGAGGAGACGCAGCGGCGCCUGCGGGCCAGCGAGGAGGCCGUGGCCCAGCUGGAGGAGGAGAAGAACCACCUGGAGUUCCUGGGGCAGCUGCGGCAGUACGACCCGCCCUCAGAGAGCCAGCCCGAGUCCCCGCCUCGCCGCGACAGCCUGGCCUCGCUGUUCCCCAGUGAGGAAGAGGAAAGGAAAGGUCCCGAGGCGGCAGGGGCUGCAGCAGCCCAGCGGGGCGGCUAUGAGAUCCCAGCCCGCCUCCGGACCCUGCACAACCUCGUGAUCCAGUAUGCGGGGCAGGGCCGCUACGAGGUGGCCGUGCCGCUGUGCCGCCAGGCCCUGGAGGACCUGGAGCGGAGCUUGGGCCACGGCCACCCAGACGUGGCCACCAUGCUCAACAUCCUGGCGCUGGUGUACCGGGACCAGAACAAGUACAAGGAGGCCACGGACCUUCUGCAGGACGCCCUGCAGAUCCGGGAGAAGACGCUGGGCCCCGAGCACCCGGCGGUGGCCGCCACCCUCAACAACUUGGCAGUCCUCUACGGGAAGCGUGGGCGCUACCGGGAGGCGGAGCCCCUGUGCCAGCGCGCCCUGGAGAUCCGAGAGAAGGUCCUGGGCGCCAACCACCCGGACGUGGCCAAACAGCUCAACAACCUGGCGCUGCUCUGCCAGAACCAGGGCAAGUUCGAAGAGGUGGAGCAGCACUAUGCCCGCGCCCUGAGCAUCUACGAGGCCCUGGGCGGGCCCCACGACCCCAGCGCGGCCAAGACCAAGAACAACUUGGCCUCAGCCUACCUGAAACAGAACAAGUACCAGCAGGCAGAAGAGCUGUACAAAGAGAUCCUCCGGCGGGAGGACCUGCCUGCCCCCCUCGGAGCCCUCAGCACGGGCCAAGCUGGAGACACAGACCAACAGGCCCUCCGUCGCAGCAGUUCCUUCUCCAAGCUCCGCGAGUCCAUCCGGCGGGGAAGCGAGAAGCUGGUCUCCCGGCUCCGAGGUGAAGGGAUGGCGGGUGCAGCCGGGAUGAAGAGAGCCGUGUCGCUCAACGUGCUGAAUGUGGAUGGCCCGAGGGCUUCUGGGGCUCAGUCCCCCAGCCAACACCUGAGCGAGGCCUCGAGGACCCUCAGCGCCAGCACCCAGAACCUGGGCCGCCGCUAA